AUGUAUCACGAUUUAUUUUUAACAAACACUACAAUUUCUCACCAACAACAGAACACUACCAUUUCUCACCAACAACAGAACACUACAAUUUCUCACCAACAACAGAACACUACAAUUUCUCACCAACAACAGAACACAACAAUUUCUCACCAACAACAGAACACUACAAUUUCUCACCAACAACAGAACACUACAAUUUCUCACCAACAACAGAACACUACAAUUUCUCACCAUCAACAGAACACUACAAUUUCUCACCAACAACAGAACACUACAAUUUCUCACCAGCAACAGAACAUUACAAUUUCUCACCAACAGAACACUACAAUUUCUCACCAACAACAGAACAUUACAAUUUCUCACUAA